CCCAACACCUUCACGGGCCCUAUUCGAUUCCUACAUGGUGCCAUUUGCUAUAUUGCUGACAGCAGCUAACACACUCAAACCCACUUUGGUUUCCUCCUCUUUCCCCUUCCUCCUUGCCCAGAAUCGCUUCUUUCAAGCUCAAUUUCAACGAAUCCAUGACCUAUACCGAGUGGGUUUCGUGGAUUUUCAUCCUGUGUUUGUUUGGUCCAACGCCUAUCUCCUCAGAGUCUUCUUUGAGCUCAAAUAUUCCCACAAAUUUCCUGAGUUUUGCUAGAAAACAAGAGGUGGUUGACUGGCUGGUGGGUGUGAGGAGGAAGAUACAUGAGAACCCAGAGCUUGGUUUUGAGGAAGUUGAGACCAGUAAGCUUGUCAGAGCAGAGUUGGAUAAGAUGGGUAUACCCUAUAAAUACCCAGUUGCAGUUACGGGCGUUCUUGGAUUUGUUGGGACCGGAGAACCCCCCUUUGUUGCCAUAAGAGCAGAUAUGGACGCUCUUGCUAUGCAGGAAAUGGUGGAGUGGGAGCACAAGAGUAAAAUUCCUGGGAAGAUGCAUGCCUGUGGGCACGACUCCCAUGUUGCGAUGCUUCUAGGGGCUGCAAAAAUUCUUCAAGAGCAUCAUGAAGAGUUACAAGGAACAGUCAUUCUUGUUUUUCAACCAGCUGAAGAAGGAGGUGGAGGGGCAAAGAAAAUUUUAGAUGCUGGAGUACUAGAAAAUGUGAAUGCUAUCUUUGGGUUGCAUGUCUUCCCUGACUUGCCCAUUGGUGAAGUGGCAUCAAGAUCUGGUCCCCUUUUGGCUGGAAGUGGCUUCUUUGAAGCAGUAAUAAGUGGAAAGGGGGGUCAUGCAGCCAUUCCUCAGCACUCAAUCGAUCCAAUAUUGGCAGCUUCUAAUGUGAUUGUGAGCUUACAACAUCUUGUCUCACGUGAAGCUGAUCCGCUGGAGUCACAGGUAGUUACGGUUGCAAAAUUCCAAGGAGGUGGUGCAUUCAAUGUUAUUCCAGAUUCUGUAACCAUCGGUGGCACCUUUAGAGCCUUUUCAAAGGAAAGCAUUAUGCAACUCAAGCAGCGAAUUGAGGAGGUUAUCACAAGGCAAGCUGCAGUACAGAGGUGCAAUGCCACUGUUGAUUUUCAUGAAAAAGAAAAACCCCUCUUCCCUGCAACCAUAAAUAAUCCAAACUUGCACAAACACUUUCAAAACGUUGCGGGGAAUAUGCUUGGUGUUCAUAAUGUUAAAGACAUGCAACCAUUGAUGGGUUCUGAGGAUUUUUCAUUCUACCAAGAGGAGAUGCCCGGAUACUUCUUCUUCCUUGGAAUGAAGGAUGAAGCACUUGGGCGGCUUCCAUCUGUGCACUCACCCCACUUCAAAAUCAACGAAGACGCUCUUCCUUAUGGCGCUGCACUCCAUGCUUCGCUGGCUGCAACAUAUCUUCUAGAAAUCCAGCCGCAACCUUCUUCACGAGAGGGAAAACAUCACGAUGAAUUAUAGUGGUUUACAGCCUCAUUUACAAGAACGGCUUCAUUACCUGCAAAUUGAUUUUAAGUUCUACUAGAAUUUCAUUGAGUAUUUGGUUUUGAUACUCAUUAUGAUCCAGUUAUGAAGAAAAUGCCAUGAAGAAUUGUAGACUGCAAAUCAGUUAAAUGCUACUGGAAUUUGAUUGAGCAUCUGGUUUGAUACUUGGAUAAUGCUUUCUGUUGUAAAUAUGAUAUCAGCUAUUUACGCUGAACCUUUGCUCUCAUGCGCUUUCUGUGAUGUUAUCAACUUCUUCAUUCCUAUUAACCAUCUGGUAUAUCCGUUUUUUCUACCUGUUUUUCAACAGGCCAAGACAA